UCUCUCUGACUUCCUUUAUGGUUUGUUUCUACAGGUUCUUUUUAAAAUGUGAUGGAGGGAAGGGAGACCCCGACCCGACCUAGCCGUACCACUCCCACCAGCCCCAGGGUCAACCCUGCUCUGGUGAAGCGCCCCCGUUUCCAGACACUGGCUCGCUUCUGGGAGGGUCAAGACGUUCUAGCUCGGUGGACAGACGGACUGCUGUACCUGGGCAUCAUCAAGAAGGUGGAUAGCACACAGGAGACGUGCCUGGUCCGCUUUGAAGAUAACUCCCAGUUCUCAGUGCUGUGGAAGGACAUCUUUCCUCCCGCCGUCCCGGGGAAGGAGCAGCUGUGCUGCGUGUGUAACUCACAGUCGUGUACCUCUGACAAUAAACUCGUGCAUUGUGGGAAGUGCAAGCACGCCUAUCACCAGGAAUGCCAUGUCCCCAGCGUCCCCAGCGAUACAGAUAGUCCCGGCAGUUCCUGGAUGUGCAGACAAUGUGUCUUUGCUGUGGCUACCAAGAGAGGUGGCGCUCUCAAGAAGGGCCCUUAUGCCCGCUCAAUGCUGCACAUGAAACUGUCUUUGCCCUAUCAGUUGAAGUCUUUAGAGUGGGACCCACUUCACUUAACCAAUAAACAACAGUGUUACUGCUACUGCGGGGGGCCUGGAGAAUGGAACAUGAAGAUGCUUCAGUGUUGUCGCUGUCUUCAGUGGUUCCAUGAGGCUUGUACACAGUGUCUGAGCAAACCGCUUUUGUACGGAGACAGGUUUUACGUUUUCGACUGCUCAGUCUGUACGCGAGGUCCAGAAAACGCCUGGAGACUUCCCCUGGCAUGGGUUGACGUCUCUCACCUUGUCCUCUAUCACCUCAGUAUUUGUUGUAAGAAGAAAUAUUUUGAUUUCGAGCGGGAGAUCCUUUCCUUUGUGAACGAGAACUGGGAGAGUCUGUUAUUAGGAGAUCUCACAGAUACUCCUCGAUCAGAACGGUACUCCAAUCUGCUUCACGCUCUGACAGCUCAGAAAGACAGGUUUAUCUCUGGGAAGGAGAUCAAGAAAAAAAAGUGUCUAUUUGGGCUUCAGAGCCGUGUCCCCCCUCCCGCCCCACAGAGUACAGUGACUGAGCUGAGGCUACAGGAGACAGAUGUAAGGAGGAGCCCCACUCCUUGUGUAAGUUCCCUUUCAGGGAGGAUGGGGGUCCUGACACGCCCCCCACACAGAAAAAAGACACCAAGCAUAGCUCAAAGGACACGGAAGGAGAGGCAGAAGCUGCAGAGAGCUGUUACCCAGGAAGCGAUACAAAAUCCACUCAGUCCUAACCAAGAGUAUGUGGGAUACCGCGGCAGCACCUACAACUUCAGACGCACCGGAGCGCGCUGCCUGCAGAGCCCUCCAAUUCGGAUGUUUGCCUCUUUCCACCCCUCUGCCAACACCUCCGGACCCGUAGCUGCUUCUCUGCAGUCCAGUGAGGCGUCUCCUGCAGUCUCAGAAGGUUCCCCCCUGCUGUCUGAAGUUUUGGACUCAUCAGCCCCGGUCGCCUCUCCGAGCAAACCCUCAUCGCCUCCUCCUCGGCCCUCAUCCUCUUCCUCUUCGGAAGGCUGCGAUUGGUCAGAAACUGUAGAGCAGGGAAUGCGCGUGCUGGCCAAGCGGGUCACCGCAGAAGGGACUAUUCAGUACCUGGUGGAGCAUGAGCAAGGCGACAUCUUCUGACCUGACACGCUCUGCCCCCUGUGCGCUACCUUCGCGGGUCCCAACAUGUUGGCUGACUGUAUAUACAGCUCUGCAAGGCUGAUUCUGAACUCUCUGUACACGCGUGUACAUAGCAGUGCUUGUGCUUCUCGUCCCGUCAUGUGUUUUUACGGUGUCAGCUCACGGAGGCUGUGUUACAUGCGUACCGCGGGACGAUUUGAUGAAGGAAAUCCGAUUUGUUUUCUUUUUCCCUCUUUUGCUUUGUUGUAUCACAUCCUUUAGUAGGUGAGAUGGAAGGUAUGGUGUCCUGUCUGGUCUAAGCUCUGGCUUAAGAUGGUGUCCGUGUGUUGAACAGUUGUGCAGGUUCUUGUCUGUUAGCAUCUCCGAGGAACACAUUCAUGUCUGUCAAGGAUUAUUAAAAAACAAAAUGGACCC